AAAAGAUUCUAUCACAUUCACAAUCACACGUGCUUAAUAAGAUAAGAUAUAGACCCCCAUUCACUUCUGGAUCUUAAAAACCCAACACUCAAUGAAGACACUCAUUAUAAUCUUUCUUCUUCCAUGCAUUUUGCUUUUCCUAGUUCAUGCCCAAGUCAACGAUGAUAACUUUGACCCAUAUGCAACGUUAUUCAGUCCUUAUACUAAACAAGAAUGGCGAUCUUAUCAAGAAAAGAAGAUCAAUGAGGGACGAAAAACAGAGUUAACUUUCGAGGUAAGUUAUGUAAAUGGAACAAAAGUCAAAGGGGCAAAACUGUACAUAAAGCAACUCACCUCCGAUUUCCACUGGGGUUGUGGAAUGACUCAUAGAAUCCUCAACAACACUGCUUACAAAAAAUGGUUUGCUUCGAGAUUCACAGCUGCAGAUUUCCACAAUGAGCUCAAAUGGUAUUGGACUGAAGCAACUCGGGGACAAGAAAACUACGCAGAUCCAGACGCCAUGAUCAAAUUUGCAGAUGAACACGGGAUAAUCGUGAGAGGGCAUACGAUCUUAUGGGACGAUGUGAAAUACAACCAAAAAUGGGUGAGAAAAUUAUCACCUGAACAAUUGUUGGAAGCUGCAAACAGAAGAGUUGAUUCGGUGGUGAAUCGAUAUAAAGGAAGGUUGAUUGGUUGGGAUGUGAUGAACGAGAAUCUGCAUCAUAACUUCUUCGAGAAGAGACUCGGGAAGAACGCGUCGUCGAUGUUUUUCAAUCGAGUUCAUAAAAUUGAUCCGAAUGCGAUUUUGUUCAUGAAUGAAUUUAACACCACUGAACAUGUACACGAUGAAUACGCUCCUCCUGUGAAAUACUUGAGAAGGAUGAAGAAGAUUCAGUCGUUUCCGGGGAAUAGCGAGAUCAAAAUGGGGAUAGGGUUGGAAUCGCAUUAUGGGGCUGAGCCGAUUGAUUUUCAUUAUGUGAGAAGCUCGCUUGAUUCGUUGAGUCAAACGGGUUUACCGAUAUGGUUGACUGAAUUGGAUGUUAAAAUGGAUCCGAACCUUAGAAAUUCGAGUGGAUUACAGGUGAUUUAUCUGGAGGAGAUACUUCGGGAGUCGUUUUCACAUGAAGCUGUGAAGGCGAUGAUUAUAUGGACAGGUGCGUCGAUUGAUGGAUGUGAUGUGAUGUGUAUGGCUGAUGAGAAUUUGGUGAAUACGCCAAUUGGGGAUUUGAUUGAUGGGUUAAUGGAAGAAUGGAGAACUGGGGAGAUUGAAGCUAUGGCGGAUUUUAAUGGAAGUUGUCAAGUUUCGGUGUUUAAUGGUGGGUAUGAAGUCAAGGUGGUGGAUCCUGUGAGUAAUGCUUCUAGUUGCGUGAGUUUGAAGGUGGAUAAAGUUAGCAUUCCUGAUAAAAUGGUUCAUGUUCAAAUUAUGGGCUAAUUGAUACUAGAUUUAAUAAUGUUAUUUAAUUUGUUCCUUUGGUUUUCAAUUUUGGAGCAUUUUUUGUGACAAGCAUGUGUCAAAAGUUGUAUUAAGAUUAUCUUGAUUUGAAUGAGAUAGAAUGAAGGUAUUAUUUGAUAGCAUAA